AUGUCAAUUAUUUGCCUUUCAAAUCAUCGUCGACAACAUUUACAAAUCUACUGGAAUUCUUCAAAUCGAUUCUUCCAUUCUUCAGGAUACUUGCCUGUAUACCUCGGCGAUCUCCUUGAUUUUGUUUGUCCUUAUUAUGAGAAUGAAAAUUUCGAUCAGCCUAUUGAAUACAAUACACUUUAUCUCGUGAAUGAAAACGAUUACUAUCAUUGUAAUACUACCAAUCAUCAUCCAUUAAUCAAAUGUAAUAAACCAUUCGAUACCCAACGAUUGAUUUACACAUUAUCUGUAUCGAAUUAUUUACCCUAUCCGAAUCUUCCGGAAUUCGAAGAUGAACAUUAUUAUUAUUUUAUCUCGACAUCAUCGGGAGAACUCGACGGUCUCGAUCAACGUUCGAAUGGACUGUGUUAUACGAAAAAUAUGAAAUUAACUUUGCACGUGCAAAAGUAUGUCCGACAUGGAUAUGAUCAACGAAGAAAGGCAUCGAAAUUGAUCAUUGCUAAACGAACGAAUUUCACGCAUCUCGACUCGACAAAACGUCCGUUUUCUCAUGCUAGUCGAAAUUCUCCUUUCGUUUAUCUCUUCUUUCUAUUUUGUUUAUUGACGAAAUCGAAAAUUUAA